AUGAAUAAUCAAAAAGCAGCAUUUUAUAGCCUAUAUAUUCUAUAAAUUGUUUAUGCAAUAAUAGAAUGUAUAAGAGCUUCUUUAUCUAGCUUUAUAUUGCUCAUAAUAUGUAUAAGUAUUAGCUUGUUAUAAAUUAUGCAAUUGGUAAAAAAUGAAAACUUAAAUAUCUAUGGAUAAUUAGCAAUAAAUGUUAUGAGUGUAAUUGCAUAAUAAAAUAAUCAAUUUUUGUUGCUCCAAACAUUUGUGGGAUUUGCUCUUUUUUUGUAAAUUGAUGAGAAGAGAUAGGAUGCUCAUAUACUCACUUAUUUAAGUAGUAAUAGGAAAUUAUUUUAGUCUAAGUAUCCAUAAUAAGUUUCUAUUCAUUAAAAAAUGAAGUGUAAUCAUAUUUUAUGAGUAUUUUUACAAUUAUUUUUGUUACAUACUUUUAUUGGGUUAUAAAGUCUUCAAAAUAGCCAAGAUUGGAAAAACAAACUAGUAGAGAACUUUAGGAUUAAAAAAAUUUAAUUGAACAUAUUAUACCAAUAGGAGGUGAAUUAAUUUAGUUAUGCAAAAACACAAUUCUAAUUGACAUUUAAAAUUUAGAAAUUAAAUCUAUGGAAGACACAUUAAAAGAUUUAUUAUUGAAUGAUGAUAUAACAGAAUUUAACCUUUUAGAUUCAAUUAAAAUUAUGAAAGUUGAUAAAUAAACACAACGCAAUUUAAAUUAAAAGAUUAAAUCAAUCACCUUACGUUAAUUAAUAGACAAAUGUUUAAUUCUUGAAAAAACUGAUGAUAUUUUGAUUAUAAAAACAAAUAUUAUUAAAUUGGAGUAUCAUUAAAUUAAGAUGCAGUUUUAAAAAGAUAAAAUUUAAUUACAAUUUGAAGACACAAAGGAAUUUGCAAAAUUUAUAAAAAAAAAUUCAUGUUUUGCUUUGAUGAAUAAACUAUUUUAAUCAUUUAGUCAUGAAUUUGGAACUUUAUUGAAUUAAAUUGCUCUGAUUUCAUAAAAUGGUUAUACCUAAUUUCCUAAUUUAAAAGAACAAUUUGAUUUUAUUUACAAUUGUUGUGUUAUAAUGAAUAAUAUGGUGAAAGAUUUAAAAGAUUUUCAUUAACUAAGAAGUAAGACAUUUUAAUUAGAAAUUGUUGAGGUUAAAACAGAAGGUUUAUUUAAUGAAUUACAUCAUUUAUUUAAUUAAUAAGCACUUGCUAAACAAAUAUCUUUAUUUAUGGUUAAUAAAGUUAAUAUAAAUUUUAAACAAGAUGAACAAAGGAUAAAGUAGAUUUUAUAAAAUUUAAUAUAAAAUGCUAUUAAAUAUACAAAUUCAAAUGGUUCAAUAUAUGUUACAGCUGAAAAGUAUGAUGAAAAAAGAAUUAAAUUUUCAGUUAUUGAUUCAGGUAUAGGUAUUAAUGAAAAUGUGUCAUAAAAUAUAAAAUAAAUGCUUAGCAAUGAUUUAAUAUUAACUUUUAAGAUCUCAGAAGGAACUGCAGGAUUAGGUUUAGGAUUAUUAAACUCUAAUUAUUUAAUUAAACAACUAUCAUCAUUUAAAUAGGCUCAUAAAGAAUACUUGUAAUUUUCAUCGAAAUAAGGAGAAGGAACUAUUUUUUGGUUUUUAGUAUGGAAAUAUAGCUUGUUAGAGUCACCAUCUAGUUAAUUUGAAAAUAAAUCAAUAUAAUAAUUAGAAAAAAAAGUAUUUCUUUACUAAAAAACCAAUAAUUUUCCUCCUCCUCCAAGUUUAUCAAAUUCAAAAAGUUGUCCAUCAUAAUUUAAAAGACGAAGUCACAAAAAAAGUUCAUAUACCAAAUCAUCAUCAAAAUAGGUGUUUUUUCCUACAGAUUCUUAGAAUGAUGAUGCAAUUGUAAUUGAAGAAGAAAGUCAUUCAAUAGAAGAAGAUCCAAAACCAAAUCAUCUCCCAGAUGGUCGUAAAAAGUUUCCAUCCUUAAAUUUCCCUGAAUGUUAAUGUUGUAAAUUACUUCUAGUAGAUGAUGAACUAGCAAAUUUGAAACCAUUAUAAAUAAUGAUUAAGAUGCUUGGAUAUGAUAGUGAUUUAGCAAAUAGUGGAUUUUAAGCAAUUAAUCUUGUUUAAAUGAGAAAUUCUUAACAUUGUUAAUAUAGAUUAAUUUUAAUGGAUAUUAAUAUGCCCUAAAUGGGGGGAUUAGAAACUACUAAAAGAAUUAAACUUUAGAAUCCAGAAAUUACAAUUGUUGCAUGUUCUGCCUUUACUGAUAUGUAGACUAAAUAUGAAGCUUAAUCUGUUGGGAUGGAAGAUUAUUUAGAAAAACCAAUCAAUAAAGAAAAUUUAAUAUAAAUUCUAGAAACUUAUUUGUGA